UUUUAUAAAGCUCACAAAAGGUACCCAAUAGUAUUAUUGUUGUCAGAUAUCGCUCAUAUUUCAUACGUAGACUUUUUAUUAAUAAGACCCUAAUGUAUAUAUUUUAUCAAGACUGAACGGAGCGGUAUUUUAAGAGUGUCUCACAAUGCCCAGUAGCACAUCUUUGCUGGAAGCCGAGGAAACCGAGUCGGAGCUCCCGCCACUGGUAGUACAAACAUUUGCCGGGAUAGGCCUGGAUGAGCACGGCACACAGUGUCAGACCGAACCACAGGAGCCCCUUCUGCAUUCACGUCCGGCCUCCCACCUCAGUCUGCUCGGCACCGUGCUGGACCUUCAGCCCGUACCACUUCGCAAACUGCCGCCGGAGGAGGAUGAUUUUGAAGAACCCGAUGAAGCGGUAGGGGAAGAAACCGAUUCAAACACGCUGCUAGCACAGGCCCCUGUCCCCGGUCUAGGCUCUGUGAUGUUGCCUGGAAUGGAGCCUGCGGAGACGGUCAUACUGUAUGGCGGAGGGCUUGAUGACUCCACGCAACAGCAGGUUGCUUGUAUGAUGAUUUUACCACCGGUGUACGGAGACCCAGGAUUCGAGGUGGAUCAGCCGUCGCUCAUGCGGAGGAAAAGUGUAAACACUACGGAAUGUGUCGCGGUGCCCAGUUCGGAACAUGUAGCCGAAAUAGUCGGUAGACAGGGCUGCAAGAUAAAAGCGCUGCGGGCGAAGACCAACACCUACAUCAAGACGCCGGUGCGUGGGGAGCAGCCGGUGUUCGUGGUGACCGGGCGAAAGGAGGACGUGGCCAUGGCCAAGAGGGAGAUCCUGUUGGCGGCCGAACACUUCUCCCUCAUCCGGGCCUCGCGCAACAAGGCGGGGCCGCUGACCGCGCCGGGGCCCGGGCUCCCGGGGCCCUCCCUGGCGGGCCAGACCACCAUCCAGGUGCGGGUGCCGUACCGCGUGGUGGGGCUGGUGGUGGGGCCCAAAGGGGCCACCAUCAAGCGCAUCCAGCAGCAGACGCACACCUACAUCGUCACGCCCAGCCGUGACAAAGAGCCUGUGUUCGAGGUGACGGGCAUGCCGGAGAACGUGGACCGUGCGCGGGAGGAGAUCGAGGCACACAUUGCGCUGCGCACGGGGGGCAGCGUGGAGACUGCUGGUGAGGACGUGGAUGACUUCCACCACAACGGCACCGACGUCAGCUUCGACACGGCCGGCCCCGGGGGGCCCUGGCCAGCGGCCAAUGGCUGCGGCCGGAUGACCUCCAGCUACCGCAACGACAGCUCCAGCUCCCUGGGCAGCGGCUCCAGCGACUCGUGCUACGGCGGGGGCCGCGCGGCUGACUGCAGCCCCUCCAGCCCGUUCAACGGCAACAGCAAUAACAACAACAAUGGCAGCUUCUGGUUCGGGGACACCCUGUUGCCCCCGGGGUCGGACGAGGCUCCCGCCCCAGAGCCCACGGGGGGCUUCGACAGCCUGGCUGUCUCUGCGGCGCCGCCCGGGCCCCACCAGCAGGUGAUGCUGUGGAGCACCUUUGAGCCGGGUGCUCCUCUGUUGGAGGGCCAGCCCGGCACCCCCCCGCCCCGCGUGUCGCCCCCCCUCCACCCCGAGGCGUCCGAGCGACCGGCCGCCCGCCGCGUCCACAGCGCGCCCAGCGCCGCCCCUCCCCCGCCCCAGCACUGCGGCUCGGCCUUCUCCUCCUCCAGCGACAGCGCGGCCUCCGGGUCGCCCCCCGACCGCGCCCGGCUGGACUGCGUCUGCUGCCUGGGGAGCGAGAUCACGGCCGCCCUGGUCCCCUGCGGCCACAACCUCUUCUGCAUGGAGUGCGCCGACCACAUCUGCCGCAAGGCCCAGCCCCUGUGCCCCGUGUGCCAGGCGCCCGUGACCCAGGCCAUCCGUCUGCGUAAUGUUUGAACCGCGCCCGGCUGUGCCUGUGUUUGCUCCCUAGCGGACAGUGAUGAGGGUUUUGACUGGGGUGUUACUGAAUUGGGGAUGUUGGUAACAAUUUUUUUUUAUUUUUUAUUAUUAACUUUUUUGUUUUUCCUUUUAGUUUGGUGUAAUAUUCUUCUUUUUCCUUUUAUUUUAUUUUUUUAUUUUACAAAUUGUAUCAUGAUUGCUAUGACUGUUAAAGAUUAGGUUGUAAAGCAAGUUACAGAUUAAGGCUCAGUCGUCGGUCACGACGUUAAGCACCCACCCCGACCCCCAUUUAUUUAGCUGCUACAUUAGUUAUGAGAUGGUUUCCCCGGCCUGAUGCUUUCUCGCCAGAGCAGCCCCGAGUCUGACACAAGUGCUGCUGUGCCUGCCCUUUCAUUUUAAAACGUUGCUUUUAAUCCGUCUACGACGACUAGUGCUUCACGUAGAUCCCUGAGCCACGCCAACACUACAGCUCCUUUUCAGAUGCUGGGGGCCCCCAACAUUCCAGCCAUAUCCCUUGCUAUUUUCUUUCUACCGUUUUCUUUUAAUGCGUGAGUGAAGAGGUGCAGGAAACGCCAGGGAGUAACCCUAACCAGGGAACGCGACAACCCCACCCUCUGUCGGCCAUUUUAAAACGGUUGCCCCCCCCCCCCCAAUACCGGGAACAAAGUUAUGGUUCAGUUGCCUUUUUGCAUGGUUGCUCAAACAUGUUAUCACAUGACCCACAUCUCAAAUCUUUCUAACGGUGAGGUAAUUUUCAAUAUUGAGAGUAGAGGGAACAAGAGAUGAGGGGACUGCUGCAGCUCCUGAGCCCAUGGAGGACCCCCCCCCCCCCCCAAGGCCCUCCGUCCCACGCACCCUAACCCCCCCCCAUCCACACAAAAAAACCUUGAUCCUCAACCUCUCAAAGUUAAUAUUUGACUUUUGUGUAUUAAUAUUAUUGUUAUUAAUUGAUAAAUACAGAUUUAUUUUUUAUUUCCACUUGAAGUUACAUUUCGUAUAAAUAUAAAUCAAAAAAAAAAAACAAAGUUUACAAAUAAAAUAUUUUUUAUUUUUCUCCAGUAUGAGCAGGACUGGGCCUUUCAGUGCUGUUUCGCUUGUAGUAUAGUUGGACAGUAUUGAAACUGACCUGGCUGCCGUCUCGUGAGGAAGGAAUGCGCACCUGCGCAUGUGCAAAACGGCCAAGAUGUCACACUUCAGCUGCGCGUAUGUCUGUGAGCCACCUUAACAAUUUUAUCAAUGUAUCUAAGUGUAUAGUACAUAUUCAGUAUAUAUAAUAUAGCUGUGUACAUAUGCACAUAAGGCUAUAUAAUUACUGUACCAACAGUGAAGUAUUUGCUAAUUUUACUACACUUUUGUUAUGUAUAUGUAGGGCAGUCUUAGGGCAUAUAAAUUCAAUAAAUUGAUUCAAGUUUAAAACAGACUAUAUUUUAUGAUAAAGGGCCUUUUAAGUUAUGUGGCCAAAGCACUGAUAUAUAUUUGCUGUAAAAAGAAUUAUAAGAGUUUUAUUUUUCUGAUAUUAAAGUUACUUAAUAAAGACUUUCAUUUUAAAGAAAA